UAUUAUGCGAUAUCAUCUUGAUUAUGUUAUUUUCUCUGGAAAAAAGAAAAGAAUCCAAUAUGUCAAAUCUUUUAUAUUUUUAAAUUUAUUGUUUUUCUUUUUUUUUUUUUUUGUCUCUUUUCUUUUUUUUUAACCAUCACAAAUGUAACAAUAUCAUAUAAAACGUACUUUCGGAUACAAAAAAAAAAUUUAAGUAUUAGUUGUAAAGAACCUAUGGAUUCAAAAAAUACAAUUUUCUUUCUUUUUAUUUGAGAAGUUUGACAAGUAGAAGUUAAUUAGAUUAAAUGUUCAAUUGAAUGAAAUAAAAUUAUUAGAAAGAAAUGUAAAAUGGCAUUUAAGUGGGCAGAAGGAGAGACUAUAAAAUUAUUAAUUCUGUAUGGACAAUAUGAUUGUUUAAAAUAUCCGUUUGAUGAUAAUUUUGAAAAAAAGGUGUACAGAUAUAAAGCAUAUAAACAUAUAGUGGAUGCCAUGAAUAUACCUUCCUUAACAAUAUAUGAUUGCAUUACAAGAAUAGAGGAUCUAAAAAAGCAAUAUUGUUAUGAAUUAUCAAAAAUUGCUGUUGCUAUAUUAUGUGGGAAAUUGUAUGAAUCCCAAACCAAAUACUUUAAAUUAAUGCAUGAUCUAUUCUUCCCAUAUGUUAUCUUUGACCAAAAAGUAAAUAUUACAGAAGAUAAAAUUACAAAAGGUAUGGUUAAAGAUGUUUGUACAGAAAUAGAUUUAAUAGAAGAAAGAAAAGAUGAUGAAUUCGAUAUGUUUGCAAAAAGUAUAGCUUAUCAGUUACGAAAUAUUACUUUAAAAAGUGCUAUUGAAUUAGAAAAGAAAAUACAAGAUUUGGUAACAGAAGAACGUCUAAGUAAUAUUAAAUGUUCCCUUUCUAGUGACAAUGUAAUUUGCUGCUGUAGUUGUAGUAAUUGUGUAGAAAUUCGUCAAAAGAAUGGUUUUGAAUCAUAAGUAAUCACCAGUAAUCAAGUAU